UGCUACGUAACCAACAAAUCCACAGCUAAAAUUCCAUGAUCCGAUCCGGCGACCAUCGGAUGAGAGUGGCCCGAUAAUUCGACUUCCGGAGCCACCGCGACCCGUUCUCCAGCCGUUCCACACCAGAGCAGCGCCGGAGUACAAAGACGGCCGACUUGUCUUGCGCCGGCACCGACAUCAAUUCUCUGACCGCACUCUUCACUCUUUCUUUCACCCCCCUUCAACUUGACAAUUGGCCAGCGACAAUGACGGCGCUCGACACAUUCAAAGCCGCCUUCGAGGCAUCCCUCACCCCGUCCCCGACCGUCAUCACAAUCGGUCUAGCCAUCGUCAUCUUCCUCCCCAUCCUCCUCCACCUCCUCUUCUCGGCAACAACCCCAUACACGACCCUCCCCUCGGUCCUGCUCAUCGGUCCCUCCGGCGCAGGCAAGACCGCCCUCCUCACCCUCUUCGAGCGCGGACCCCUAUACACCCCCGACGCACCCCCCUCCGCCGACAAGCCGUCGGUGCCCACGCCCGUAGCCAAAACCCACACCUCCCAAGCGCCCUCGACCGUCGAGCUGGCCAUCUCCACCGACAAGAAGACCACCACCAACGACACCAACGCGGCCAGCUACCGCACCGACCUCGACGCAGCCGGCGCCACAGCCAAGAAAUUCCUGCUCGUCGACACGCCCGGCCACCCCAAACUGCGCAGGCACGCCCUCUCCCACCUCGCCUCGGCCUCGCCCACCAUCAAACCCUCUAGCAUCUCCGCCACCUCCUCCGAAACCCACAAAUCCAAGCUCAAAGCCCUCGUCUUCGUAGCCGACGCGGCGGCCCUCGCCGACGCCGACAGCGGCGCGCUGGCCUCGACGGCCGAGUACCUGUACGAGGUACUCCUCGCCCUCCAGCGGCGCUUCCACGGGCGCGGCGGGUCGCGCGCGCCCGCGAGCGUGCCGGUGCUGGUGGCGGCCAACAAGCUGGAUUUGUUCACCGCGCUGCCGGCGGCGCUGGUCAAGAGCCAGCUGGAGGCGGAGCUGGGGCGGAUUCGCAAGGCGCGGAGCAAGGGGUUGCUGACGACUGGGGAGGGGGAUGGGGAUGAGGUCGGUGCUGGGGCUGGGGGUGAGGAAGGGGAUGGGUGGUUGGGGGCGUACGGGACGGAGAAGUUUAGUUUUAAGGAGAUGAUGGAGUUUGAUAUCGAGGUGGAGGUUAUUGGGGGCAAUGUGCUUGGGGAGGGGCCUGGCGCGGAUAAGUGGUGGAACUGGAUUGGGGAGCGGGUUUAAUCACGGGGUAGUGGUGGGAGUGGUGGUCGUAUAAUGGGCCCAGGACGGGCAGCAUGG